AGCGGUGGCGCGGCCGGCGGUAGGUGGAGUCACCUCGGAACCUGGACGGGAAGCUGGCGGGGUCAGCCCUUGAUAACAGGCCUGGGGCAUGGCUGUGUGGGGCCCGGGAGGUCGCCUUGGCUUGCGCGGGUGCCUUGGAGCCCGCAAGCUAUUGUGUCCCCGUUUCCAGAGCCGCGGCCCCCAGGGCGUGGAAGACGGGGACAGGACACAGCCUUCCUUGAAGACUCCCAAGGUCCCCAAGAUCUACACCAAAACAGGAGACAAAGGAUUUUCUAGCACCUUCACUGGAGAAAGAAGACCCAAAGACGACCAGGUGUUUGAAGCCGUGGGAACUACAGAUGAGUUAAGCUCAGCCAUCGGGUUUGCUAUGGAAUUAAUUGCAGAGAAGGGCCACCCGUUUGUGGAAGAGCUUCAGAAAAUCCAGUGCUCCCUGCAGGACGUCGGCUCUGCCCUGGCGACUCCGCGCUCCUCAGCCAGGGAGGCUCACUUAAAACACGCCACGUUCGAGGCGGGGCCCAUCCUGGAGCUGGAGCAGUGGAUCGACAGAUACUCUCGCCAGCUGCCCCCGCUCACCGCUUUCAUCCUGCCUUCAGGAGGCAAGAACAGUGCCGCACUGCACUUCUGUCGGGCCAUAUGUCGCCGAGCCGAGAGACGCGUGGUGCCUCUUGUCCAGAUGGGUGAGACUGAUGCAAACGUGGCCAAGUUCUUAAAUAGCGACUAUCUCUUCACAUUAGCCAGAUACACAGCCAUGAAGGAAGGGAAUCCAGAAAAGAUAUACAAGAAAAAUGACCUGUCAAAUCGCACCUGAGACUCUGGGAAAGAAUGGAAGUGACAAUGGUGAAGGGAAGACUUCACCCUCACGUCCUGAUCCCUGAAAAUCUCACCCACAGGGGCCAGAAGCUGGUCUUCUGUCCAGACCCGGCUUCCUGUCACAGCCCUGCCACUUCCUUUGGGAGCUGUGGUUGGUGGAGAAUCCUACCCUCUUCCCCUGGGUUCUCCUCGGUCUUCCAGGAAAUGGGAAUGAACUCGCUGUUGCAGGAAAGAAAGAUAAAGUGAUUGCUUCAUUGAGGAACCAAGCAGAAAAAAAGAAUAAAAGUGGGAAAGGCGUG